AUGAAAGAAGAAAGUGUGGACGGAAAAGAAGAGCAUUCUAACAAGCCGGUUGUCUCGGGGCGUAUCAUCAACUGUGUUCCGCAAUUGCCGUAUAAGAUCAGCAGGAAUGACCGGUAUUCGCCAUUGCGGGGCGACACUCCGAACGAAGAGUGGAAUAUGGAGCCCAUAAGCGGCAACAGCGCAUUGUACUCGUCGCUGUACCUCUUGCGGGACUCUGCGGACUGGGAGGAACAUGUGGUAGGAUGGACUGGCGAGAUCGAUCCCGGGAAUGGGUUUGCGUACAUAGCGCCAACCGCUCCGCAGCAAGAGGAGAACAGCACGAUCGAAGACUCCAAGUACAACUCCCAGGACCUCAACGAAGACCCACUGUACCUCUCACAGGAGCAGAAACGGGUGAUGGCUGAAAAAUUGCAAAACCAAGAGGACUCGAACAACAAGAUGACCGUGCAUCCGGUGUGGCUGCUGCGCAGAGACCAGCGUCGCUGGCGUGAAUACGCCGAGAACGUCGUUUGGCCUGCGCUCCACUACAUUUUGAACCCUCCUUCGGAUGGGCAGAAGGAAAAUACCUGGUGGUACGACUACGUCAAGUUCAACGAGGCAUACGCUGCCAAAGUAGCGCAGAUUUACAAGCCAGGUGACAUAAUCUGGGUCCACGACUACUAUCUGAUGCUUUUGCCCCAACUUCUACGCAUGCGUUUUGAAGACGCCGUGAUCGCGUAUUUCCACCACACGCCCUGGCCUAGUAAUGAGUAUUUCAGAUGUCUUUCCAAGCGUAAGCAAUUGUUGGAUGGUAUUCUUGGGAGCAACCGUGUGUGUUUUCAAAACGAUGGUUUUGCUCGCCAUUUCGUGUCUGGAUGCAAGAGAUUGCUAGAUUCAACCUCGACCAAGAGCAAGUCUAAACGUAAGGGCAAAGACGAAUGGUUAAUCAGUGCUUACGGUGGUGAUGUGGUGGUUGAUUCUUUACCCAUCGGUGUCAAUACCGAAGACAUUUUGCGCAAAGCAUUUACCUCUGAUAUUGACGCCAAAGUGUCAACGAUCAAAGAGGCCUACGCGGGCAAGAAAAUAAUUUUUGGAAGGGAUCGAUUGGAUGCUGUAAGAGGCGUGGUACAAAAGUUGCAAGCUUACGAAGCGUUUUUGGCAAUGUACCCGGAAUGGAGAGAUAAGGUUGUCUUAAUUCAAGUUAGCAGACCCACUUCUACGGAGAAGGGCCUCAAGCUGGAACAACAAGUGAACGACUUAGUCAACACCAUCAAUGCUCAAUAUGGAUCCCUGAGUUUCUCUCCAGUGCAACACUACCAUAUGCGUAUCCCUGAGGAUGUGUACUAUUCUCUGCUACGGGCCGCAGAUCUGUGCCUCAUAACGAGCGUUAGAGACGGAAUGAACACUACUGCUUUGGAGUACGUUACCGUCAAAAGUAGAUCAUCUAAUGAUAACUGCUAUGCUAAUCCGCUUGUGUUAAGUGAGUUUUCAGGUUCAAGUACUGUGCUGAAAGAUGCUAUUGUUGUCAACCCUUGGGAUUCUGUCGCUGUUUCAAAGACAAUUCAGAAAGCACUUUCGAUGACAUUGCCUGAAAAGGCUGCCCUCGAAAAAAAGCUAUGGUCCCAAGUCCCCACCAUACAGGAUUGGAACGCAAGUUUCCUACAAAGAAUGGUCGCAAUUGCGGAGAAGAGAGACUCUGAGGAUAGCAAGAUCACGCCCGCUUUGAACAGGCCACUGCUGUUACGUACUUACCGGGCUGCGAAACGCCGUUUGUUUUUGUUCGAUUACGACGGUACACUGACGCCCAUCGUACAAGAUCCAGCAGCGGCCAUUCCAAGUGCAAAACUUUUCCGAAUCUUAUCGAAGCUGGCAUCUGACCCUAAUAAUCAAAUAUGGAUCAUUUCUGGAAGAGAUCAAAAAUUUUUAUCGAAAUGGUUGGGCUCUAGAAUGCCACAAUUGGGCUUAAGCGCUGAACACGGCUGCUUUAUGAAGGAUGUUGCCUCCGAAGAUUGGGUCAAUUUAACCACCAAAUUUGACAUGUCUUGGCAAAAAAGGGUUAGUGAUGUUAUGGAUCAAAUAACUGUUCAAACCCCGGGUUCAUUCGUGGAGACGAAGAAAGUUGCACUUACAUGGCAUUACAGACGUGCGGAUCCCGAGCAAGGUGAAUUUUACGCUGCCAAGCUGAAGAAAACUCUAGACGAGUUCGCAUCUGAGCUUGGUUUGGAAGUGAUGGAGGGAAAAGCUAAUGUAGAGGUUCGUCCGAAGUUCGUCAACAAAGGUGAGAUUGUCAAGAGAUUAGUGUGGCAUCCACUCGGCGAAAAACAAUCCUAUGACGAUGAGUUUACCAUUGAUGAAAGUGUUCCAAAAGAUCGCUUGCCUGAGUUCAUUUUGUGUCUCGGCGACGACUUCACUGACGAAGACAUGUUUUCACAACUGAAUGUUAUUGAGAAGGUCUGGGAGAACAAAUUUCCUGAAGGAAAGAACGACUGCGGUCAUUUUGGGUUCUAUCCAGUCACUGUUGGCUCUGCAUCGAAGAAAACGGUUGCCAAAGCCCAUUUAACAGAUCCACAGCAGGUCUUGGAUACACUAGGUCUCUUAGUAGGCGAUGUUUCAUUGUUUCAAAGUGCGGGUACCGUGGAUUUAGACGACCGAGGUCAUAUCAGAGACAGCGAAAGCAGUGUGAAGUCGGAACAAGCCGGUGUAGCUUACAGUAUGAGACGUACCGCUUCAUACAAGGACAACUCUUAG